CUCACCUCUGCGGCGGCUUCUCCCUCCCUCGCAGCCUUAGGAAGCUCGUGAACUUUUUGCUUCCCCAUUUAUGAGCAGGAUCUCGGUGGGCGGCAGGAGAAGAUGGAGGGCUAUUGAGAAAGAAAGGGGUACAGCGCAGUUUUGUUUGUCCACACUUGCUAAGAUUGCUGUUGCGUCAAGGUCUCCAUGCGGGAUGGAAGGAACAGGAAGACGCAACCCCUGUUUUCUAGGAUUUCUGCUUGGGUUCUGCUGGGCCGCUUUUCCUCGCAGCAAUGCAUGUCCUAAGCACUGUGCCUGCUAUGUACCCACCGAAGUACAUUGCACAUUCCGGUAUUUCACCACCAUCCCAGCAGAAAUCUCCCCAAAUGUGGAGCGCAUCAACUUAGGUUACAACAGUUUGGUUAAACUGACUGAAACAGAUUUUUCUGGCCUGGAGAAGCUGGAGUUGUUGAUGUUGCACAGUAAUCAGAUACAUACAAUUCAAGAAAGGACAUUCUCUGAUUUGCACCUGUUGCAGGUCUUGAAGAUGAGCUAUAACAAAAUCAAAGUUAUUCAAGCAGACAUGUUUCAUGGUCUCAUGAGUUUGGUACGGUUGCACAUGGAUCAUAACCAAAUUGAAUUUGUAAACCCCAAAGCUUUCUAUGGCCUUACAUCACUGAAGCUAGUCCACUUGGAAGGAAAUUUGCUCAAGCAGCUUCACUCAGAUACUUUCGUCACCUUGUGCUACCUCCAGAUGUUCAAAACAUCCUCCAUAAAGCAUAUCUACUUGUCUGACAACUUGCUUUCUUCUCUGCCUCGAGAUAUUUUCAUAUAUAUGUCCGAGUUAGAAAGCCUCUACCUUCACGGGAACCCUUGGGUUUGUGACUGCGAAAUGAAAUGGUUUGGUGAGUGGGCGGAACGGCAGCCAGAUGUUGUCAAGUGCAAAAAAGACAGAGGUGUUUCUGGUGUUGUGCAAUGCCCAUUGUGUACCAAUCCUGGAAUUUUUAAAGGCAAGCAGUUAAGUGGCAUGCAACCCUCCGAUUUUAAUUGUGUUAAGCCAACUAUAGACCCAGCCUUGAAAUCGAAAAACAUCACUGCUCCCGAUGAUGGUGGCUUUACGUCAGUUUCUCCCAGAGAUUUUAUGGCUCCCAUAGGAUCCAUGGUAUUCAACAUGACAGACCAAGCUGGAAAUCGAGCAAACCUGAUCUGCAAUGUGCAAAAGCCUGCAAAGAUGUCUCCAGCUACACUAAAAAAAAUCGACAACACCACAGUACUUGAAGUAUCCUUGUCAACAUUCCUGGUGUGUAGCAUUGACCACGAGUAUAUUCAGCAGUUGUGGAGCAUCCUGGCCCUUUACAGUGAUUCUCCGUUAAAACUGGAAAGGGAACUGUUAUUGACAGAAGUGCCUUACAUCAGUUAUAAGUACAAGCAGACAGAUUCCAAAAAUGACGAGCUAUUCACUGAUGUAGAAGCUGAACUGAGAGCUGAGCCUUCCUGGUUGAUGCAGGGACAAGUUUCAUUGCAGCUGGACAGGACAUCAACCACUCUCAACACUCUGCACAUCCAGUAUUUCACGAAUGCUCAAAUUGCCCUCCCGGUUAAUCUCCCAAAAUCAGAAUGGCAAAACUGGGCCAUGAUCUUACGAGAAAACACCACAAUAACUGAAUACACCGUUUUAGUAGGUGGGUCUGUGGAACUGGGCUGCCAAGCGCUUGGAGACCCUACCCCUGUAAUUGAGUGGGUAUUAGCAGAUGGGAGCAAGAUUAGAGCUCCAUAUAUUAGUGAAGAUGGGAGAAUUGUGAUAAAAAAAUCUGGAAAACUCAUGUUGCAUGCAGCAGAUAAUUUUGACAGUGGAGUUUAUCACUGUAUAGGAACCAAUUAUGUUGAUGCUGAUGUCCUGACUUUUAGGAUUACUGUGAUAGAUCCUUAUAUAGAACACAGCCAUUUAAACGGCCCUCAGUUUUCCAUAUUUUUAGGUGACACACUUCACCUUCCAUGCCCGUCUACAGGUGCCCCAGAUGCCCCUGUUACCUGGAUCUUACCUGAGCACAUGGUUCUUCACCACUCUUCAAAAAACAAGCUUCUUUUUCACAACGGCACAUUAAAAAUACAACGAACAACAGACCGGGAUGUUGGUUACUUCACGUGUGUCGCUGCUAAUAAGUAUGGCGUUGAUAUUUUGGUUUACCAAGUACUAGUUGAAAGGAAUUUGAACAGGUCACAAAAACUCGAUAUUCAGCUAGAGGAUGAAGCAGCAGAAGGAUCUGGCAAUGAAGAGUACAAAGUUACCACCAAACCUCGAAAUCCUUCAACUGCCAGGGAAACUCAAGGAACCAGCAAGGAACCCACUAAAGAUUCAUAUAUAAAUCAGCCCAUACAGAACAAAGCCAGUGCCAAUCGUAAAGAGAUUUACAGGCGCAACAAGGACAAGAUGAGCAAACGGUUUAGAGGGCGCCUGAGGCAAUUUGAUCCUUCCACUAGGAGAAUUGAUCCAUUGCGCUGGGCAGCAUUUUUGGAAAAAACGAAGAAAAAAUCCACUUUUCCAGGAAAGCAAGAAAAUGCCACAGCAAAACCAACAGUAAAGGUUCUGUUGUCCUCAAAGAUUUCUGAAAAUCUGGUAGAGACAUCUGGAGAUGAUAUAUUUCCAGAGGAAGGAUUUAUUCUACUAGCAACUAAAAGACCUGCAAUAUCCACUCUGAGAGAAGCCUCUGGAAAUGUAGUGACAGCAGAAUUUGGAAGCAUGUCAAAUGAUUUCCGUUCUUUGGCAACAUCCAGCAUGGUUACAGAAACCACAACUUCAAUAACCAGCCCAGUGGUUAUGAAUUACAAGACACCCAAGAACCAGAAGUUACUUGCAGAACUUAAAUUUGAAAAAACUUCUCUCAAAGCAUCUCAAACACUAUCUACCUACAUGGAGCCAUUAACAACACCAUCUUAUAGUCCACCAAGUACUUCUACAGAAGCUUUAAGUACUUUUCAGAGCUUGAUAUCAUCUGGGAGAAAUUAUUUGCAUCUAAAAGCCACACCACCAAUUACACCAGCAAUGGAUAUUACCAAGAGUACCCUGUCUUCAACUACCCACAAAAAUACUGAAAAACCUGAUUUAUUUACAGAGGCAACUGAGAAAGUAUCAAAGAAAUCCAAUCAUCAGGUAUCUCUAGUGACAGCCAAUGUACCCGAUGAUGAUGUAUUUAGGCAUAUGUAUGCUUACAGUACACAAAAAAUAGUGCCUAGGUUACCUUCAAGUUCAACCAUUGCCCCUCACCAGCAGAUUAAGAUAGUUGGGGGUGCUACAACUCACAACCCACCACUCCCCCCCAGGCAGUAUAGCAGACGAAGAAAAAUCUCUAGUAGAAGACGAAUAAUUAGACCCGGACGUAUUUCCAACAUUGCAGGUCGUAGAUUUGCUUUUGUUAAAUCACGGUUUGCUCAAGCAAGUACAACUCCACCUCCUCCUGUAGAAGUGAGCACACCUGCCUUAACUCCUCCCAACAAAUCUCUUGAACAGACUGUCUCUCAAGCCCCUGUUUCCACAUCAUUUAAAACUCAUCACCCAGAAGCAACCACUGUAAAUCAGUUUUGGGCAUUCUCAAGAUACAAACUGGUUGCAGCUGAAGAGCACACAACUUCAACAACAAUCCCCUUCUAUCCUGAAAGCACACAAGUUGUAUCGCACAGAGAAGUAAAAUCUGGUGCAGCAUUACAAGGAAUCACCGACACAAACCCAUCAUUUAGCAUCAGACUCCCAAAGGCAACUAUCCAUAUCCCCAGGACUGGCAUGGAAACCACAUCUGCCAUGUCACCUUUGGUUAUGAAAUCUCCCCUUUCUGCUCUUGGAACUAAGGCCUCUUCCGUUGUUUCAACAGGGGAAAUUCCUUUGCAUAAUUUCUUUGGAAGCAAUGAUGCACAAAAGCAGCUACUGGAGAAGGAACCCAAGAUGCAAACAAGCAGAGAACCCUCACCUAGAGUAUCUUUUUUGCCUCUCCAAACUACAGUUCCAGUGCCAGCGUACACAAUAUCACCCACAUACAAAAGUGCUGUUUCAAAGACUGAGAACCAAACUGAUGAUCACCUAAUUCAGCCCACCAGUGACAACAGGAUGCUAGUAAAACUAGUCCCUCUGCUAUCGCUCGAUGCUGCAGAAUUGCCAUCUUCAGCAUCUGCCUCCAGUCUUACAACUGUUCUAGGAAAAGAAACAGAUGCCACCACCAGCAUCCUACCAAUUCUCAUUCCAACUACUACUGGCCAUGUUAAAACUAACGUUGCCAGAUUCAAAGUGUUAAGACCAGGCAGAAGGAGGGGUCAGAGGAGGAGAAGGCCUCUGAAAAAUCCUGUGUCUUCCUACAGAAACAUCAUUCUCAGCAAAGGUUCUGCUACAGUGUCCAAAAAACCCACGGCUUCUCCUGCUCUCACAACAGCUGAAAGCCUAAGGGAGGCUGCCAGUCCCCUAGCAGAUGAACUGUUUUGGAAAUCCACUAGUAUGGAUGCAGUUAGAACUACACCAUGGACACCCAGGCUUGGCACAACUGACACGAUUGCAGAGAAUAAAUCCACACCAGCCACUCAGGUAUUAAUAAGGAACACCCCUACUGAAAAUAUGGUCACUAUUGAGAUAGCAGUGGAUAAUUCAUCUUCUGAAAAACCUGUGACUGUGAUCCCACUCACUGUAUCUUUCUUGGACACAGCCAGCACAAUCACAGCGAUACCAGGCACAUCCUUGUUGCCACAGGCACCAGAGUCCAGCAGACUAACUCAGGCUACUACAGUGGGUGCUGAUAAGGAAUCAAAUCAGACUGUAGGAUGGGAAGCUACCCAAAAAGGCCAAACAACAAAAGCAGGUUUUUCUCUUAAAACUGAGAUAAGUACCCAAACUCCUACUAAUGCAAGAUACCCCAGCACACAGUCUCCUAGCCCAUUAGCACCCCAAACAACACUCAUGCCAGCUAUCACACAAACCACUGCAUCUCCCAGGCAGGGGGAAUUGUCUUGGCAGGAGGCUGCAGAAACUGGUGAGACUUUCACGGUGAGCACAUUGGGCAUAUUUAAAUCCCCACAGAGCUCCACUCAAUAUACUCCUUUGUGGAGGAAGAAUAAGAACAAUUUCGUGAAGAAUUGGGCUGAGAAGACCAUAGACCAGGAAGUCCCUACCACCAAUCAGAUGACCUUAGAUUUGUUCCACCAACGCAGGGGCGCAAGACCCAGGAUAAUUGGAGGAAAACUGGCAGCGUUUACUGUCUUGGCUAGUUCUGAUGCUUUCAUCCCUUGCGAAGCCAGUGGGAACCCUCGGCCAAUAAUACACUGGACCAAGAUAUCAUCAGGGGUUGAUGCGUCAAAACACAAGCGUGAUAACAGAUUUGAGGUUCUUCCCAAUGGGACUCUCUCCAUCCAGAACAUCAACAUUCAGGACCGUGGCCAGUACCUCUGUGUGGCUGCCAAUCAGCAUGGCUCCGACAGGCUUCUUGUCACUUUGUCCGUGGUGACUUAUCCACCUCGAAUCCUGGAGGGAAGGUCCAAAAUUAUUACUGUUCACUCUGACAAGCCAGUAGCCCUGAAAUGCACAGCCGAAGGCCGUCCCAUUCCUACCGUGUCAUGGAUCCUUGCAAACAAAACUUACAUCUCAGAGUCUUCUAUGGGAAAUGAGGCUGUUUCUGUGCAAGCAGAUGGCACGCUGAUGAUAAAGAAAGUCAGCAUUUACGACAGAGGGAUUUACACAUGCACAGCGAGCAAUGCAGCUGGUUCAGAUACAAUGACGGUGAGGCUGCAAGUUAUUGCUGCGCCACCCAUUAUACUGGAAGAGAAGAAGCAACGUAUGUUGGAGAAUAUUGGGGGAAGCUUGAAGCUGCCCUGCACUGCCAAAGGAAACCCACAGCCCUACGUUCACUGGGUUCUCUUCGAUGGAACAGAGGUGAAGCCUUUGCAGUAUAUCAAUGGCAAAUUUUUCCUUUUCCCUAAUGGAACCCUUUACAUCAGGAAAAUCAGUCCUUCUGACAGUGGGAAUUACGAAUGCAUAGCCACCAGCUCCACUGGCUCAGAGAGGAGAGUGGUAAUCAUCCAGGUAGAACAUAGCGAUACAGUCCCCAGAAUCACAGUUUCAUCUCAAAGACUGACUCAGCUGAAUUUUGGGGACAGGUUGCUUCUGAACUGCUCAGCUACAGGAGAGCCAAGACCCAAGAUAAUAUGGAGAUUACCUUCAAAAGCUGUUGUGGAUCAGUGGCACAGAAUGGGCAGUCGAAUCCAUGUGCAUCCCAAUGGAUCCUUGGCUGUUGAAAGAGUCACAGAAAAGGAUGCUGGUGACUAUAUAUGCGUGGCUAGGAAUAAAAUGGGAGACGACUUGAUCCUAAUGAAAGUCAGCGUGACAAUGAAGCCUGCAAAGAUCGAUCAAAAGCAGUAUUUUAAGAAACUGGUGCCUUACGGGAAGGACUUCAAAGUGGACUGCAAAGCUUCCGGGUCCCCUGAACCAGAGAUAUCUUGGAGUUUGCCAGACGGCACAAUGAUCAACAAUGUGAUGCAAGCAGAUGACAGUGGGCACAGGGCUCGUAGGUACACUCUGUUUGACAACGGGACACUGUAUUUCAACAAGGUGGGAAUAGCCGAAGAGGGUGACUACACGUGUUAUGCUCAAAACACACUUGGGAAAGACGAAAUGAAAGUGCACAUAACAGUGCUAGCAGCGGUGCCACGGAUCAAGCAGAAUUCCAAGACCUAUGCAAAAGUCACAGCAGGAGACACUGCACUUUUCAGCUGUGAAACCACUGGUCAACCUAAGCCGAACAUUUUCUGGUUGUUGCCUUCCAACGACAUGAUUUCGGCUUCCAAUCACAGGUAUUUUCUUCAUGCUAAUGGAUCCUUGUCCGUCACAAAGGUGAGGCUCAUAGAUGCUGGAGAAUACAUAUGUGUUGCUCGCAACUCUGGUGGGGAUGAUACAAGGCUUUAUAAACUUGAAGUAAUCUCUAAACCGCCUCUCAUCAAUGGGUUGUAUACAAACAAGACUGUCAUUAAAACAACAGCCAUAAAACACUCAAAGAAACAAAUAGACUGUAGAGCUGAAGGAACGCCUGUACCCCAGAUCAUGUGGAUUAUGCCUGACAAUAUUUUCCUAACAGCCCCAUACUAUGGGAGUAGAAUAACAGUACACAAAAAUGGAACUCUUGAAAUUCGUAAUGUAAGGUCUUCAGAUACGGCAGAGUUUAUCUGUGUGGCACGUAACGAUGGCGGAGAAAGCGUAUUGGUGGUCCAGCUGGAGGUGUUAGAAAUGCUAAGGAGACCAAUGUUCAGAAAUCCAUUUAAUGAGAAAAUAAUAGCAAAGGCUGGGAAAACUGCCUUUUUGAACUGCUCUGUCGAUGGAAACCCGCCUCCCGAGAUAAUCUGGAUGUUACCCAAUGGCACAAGGAUUUCCAGUGGUUUUAGAACACUCCAUUACUUCUUGGGGGACAAUGGCACCCUUGUCAUCUACAGUCCUUCUAAAGCAGAUGCAGGCAAGUACCGGUGUGCAGCUAAAAAUAAAGUUGGCUACAUUGAAAAGUUGAUCAUAUUGGAAGUUGGCCAGAAACCCACCAUCUUUAUCCUCCCCAGAGGAACAAUAAAAAGCAUAAGUGGGGAACCGUUAUCCCUUCACUGUCUUGCUGGCGGAAGCCCCAAGCCAAGCAUAAUAUGGACAGUCCCCAACGGCCACGUCCUAGACCGACCUCAGAUUAAUGGGAGAUAUAUGUUACUGGAAAAUGGCACCCUCAUUAUCAGAGAAACCACCAUCCACGACAGAGGAAGUUAUGCAUGCAAAGCUCAAAACUACGCUGGCGAUUCAACAGUAGUUGUUUUUGUAAUGAUUGUGGCACACCCGCCACGGAUUACAAACAGACCGCCAAGGAAUAUCCGCACAGUGGCUGGGGUACCAGUUCAGCUUCACUGCAUGGCACUGGGAAUACCAAAUCCAGAAAUUACAUGGGAGCUGCCUGACCACUCGUUACUUUCCACAGGCAGCAAACCACCUGGAAGUGAAAUUCUCCAUCCACCAGGAACAUUAGUAAUUCAAAAUCCAAAGCUGUCAGAUGCUGGCGUAUACAAGUGCAUGGCUAAGAACCAGCUUGGCAGCGAUUCCACAGUAACAUACGUUCAAGUUAUCUGAGACGAGAAAUGCAGCCUGAACAAUUGAUAACGAAAGCUAAUCAGGACCCAAAGUUUGGCUUUCGAAGAUGUUUAAUCAAAAGCAGUCAUGUCGGAUUCAUUAAAAUUGUGAUUCUCAGUUUGCAGUAGACACAGUAACAGACAGAAAGAUUUGGAGAAAAAUUGUAUCAUGUUCAGAUAUGAAUAUAUUAAGAGGUAUUUUUAAAAUGACUUUGAAAACUUACAUCUUGACUACAUCUUGACUACAGACAGUCAAAUGCACAUACAUCUUGACUACAGACAGUCAAAUGCAUUGCAAUGUAACUUGAAAUAUUUAGUGCAAGGAUGGGUUUGUUGAAAAGUUGUUUCUUACUUCGCAUUUGGUAGUAGUACAAGAAGUAUGAAAUAGAAGAUACGUACCGGUAAAGAAAAAAGAAGAAAUGGGAUGGGUGUUCGUUACCUUGUGGACAAAUAUGAAUAUUUUGUAUCUAUCUUACCAUUUUUUAAAAAAACAAAAAGGUGCUGCCAGUUUUGUAAUACUGAAAUUUAGUUCUUUCAUGCAGGAGUCCUUUUUUGUGGGGCAAUGGAAGAACCAGUAGAAAAUAGUUUGAUAGGGUUGUGGGGUUUUUUUUAAAGACAAUAUGGAUUAUUUUUGUAAAAUAAAAAAGCAAUCAGCUCUGCAUAUAAAGAGGUGCAGAUGUAUAAUUGCCAUUCAGCUGCUAAACAUUUUACAUAAAAAAGAAUAAAGUGCCUUUAAGUUUAAUAAGUAUGCAGUGCAUUAGCAGAGACUGAGGAGGAAGCAGUAGGGCAGUGUACUUUUCUUCUUGUUUCUUCUGGGCAUCUGGAGGCACUUUGGCUGAAAACAUGAUGCAAAGUAAGAACCUUUGGUCUACUUCAACAGAAUACAGCUGUCUCCAAGAAAUUGCGCCGAGUACCUUAUUUAUUUAUUGUAAAUAUUUUUAUGUUGCCUGUCAAUUAUAUUUUUAGGGCAGCCGCAAAAGAUAUAUGUUUAUAGAUGCCACAUAGGACAGAACUUUGACUCUAGUGAUAUAAGGCAGAGUAGGAGAAUUCUGGAUCACAGCCCGCAGGCGGUGCACAGAACUCCCACUGCAUCAUAGACCAUACAUGAUUCUCUGCAUCUAGCUUGUUGCAGAACAGGUGAAUUUACAGGUAACAUGGCACAAAUCUUGAUCCACCAGCCUAAGCCCACAACUGCUGUGUGACACUAUCCCUUCAAGAGGGAAAGCGAGAAUUAACCUUUUUCUAUAUGCUUAAGAUGCUAGCUACU